AUGGAGAGUGUUCUACUAACCAUUCUGCUCCUUACAGAUACCGGACAACUGGAUUUACAGAUUAUAGUUCCACAGAAAAUAGGAUCAAAUGCAAGCGAAGACUUUGAAUCGCAAGUGUUUUAUAACAUAUUAAUUGACGGGAAAACAUACACUGUGAACCUCACACAAAAAAAUUUUUUGCCCCGAUAUUUUAGGGUUUAUGGUUAUAAUUACUCAGAAAUUAUGCAACCUCUUAUUCAAGAGUUUCAGAAUCUCUGCAACUACCAAGGUCAUAUUGAAGGUUUUCUGAAUUCUGUGGUGACCAUUAGCACCUGUUCUGGACUGAGGGGUUUAAUACAGUUUGAGAGUAUCAGUUAUGGAAUUGAACCACUACAGACUUCAGCUAGAUUUGAGCAUGUAAUAUAUCCUGUAAAGAAUAAGAAUACAAGCUAUUCUUUAUAUACCAAGAUGGAUAAUGAGACAAGUCAACUGUCUCAUAAAAUUCCACAGAUCAAGAAGUUUUCUGGGUAUAUAAGGUAUUUAGAAAUUCAUGUUGUGGUUGAAAAGCAAUUGUAUGACCAUAUGGGUGCUGACACAGCUAUUGUCACUCAGAAAGUUUUCCAGGUGAUUGGACUUGUCAGUGCAAUGUUAACUUCAUUUAAUAUUACAUUAGUUCUGUCUUCACUGGAGCUUUGGAUAGAUGCCAAUAAAAUUCCUAUAACUGGAGAAGCCAAUGAAUUAUUGUAUGAUUUUUUAAACUGGAAAAAGACGUACCUUGUUUUACGACCCCAUGAUGUGGCAUUCUUCCUUAUUUACAGAGAAAACUCAAACUAUGUUGGUGCGACAUUAAAAGGAAAGGUGUGUGACAGAGAAAAUGCAGGAGUUGUUGCUCUGCACUCUAGAACCACAAGCCUGGAAUCAUUUGCACUUAUUAUAGCUCAAUUACUAAGUCUCAGUAUGGGGAUAUCAUUUGAUGACAUUAAUAAAUGCCAGUGCCCUGGAGCUGCCUGCAUAAUGAACCCAGAAGCAGUUCAUUCCAGUGGUGUGAAGCUCUUCAGUAACUGCAGCAUGGAAGACUUCAAACAUUUUAUUUCAAAGCCGAAUUCUCGGUGUCUUCAAAAUCAGCCACACCUAGAUCCAUUUUACAAGACUUCACUAUGUGGUAAUAAACAAGUGGAUGAUGGAGAGCAAUGUGAUUGUGGGCAUACAGAGUUAAGAGCAAAAGGAGAAAUAUGUAGGUUAUCAGAGGAUGAAUGUGACCUCACUGAAUAUUGCAAUGGUUCCUCUAAUGUUUGUCCAGAGAAUGUCUAUCUUCAUGAUGGGUACAGAUGCAGCAUGAAUCAAUGGGUCUGUAUGGAAGGAAAAUGUCGGGACGGGACUAGAAUGUGUGAAGAAAUCUAUGGUGAAGGUACUCUGUAUGGUUCUCAAGCAUGCUUUGAAGAAAUUAAUUCUAGGAAUGAUCAAUUUGGGAACUGUGGCUUAAGUCCUAGUGGAUUUGUACCAUGUAAUUUUAAUAACCUACGUUGUGGAAAAUUAAUGUGUAUCUCUAAAAGUAAAUCUCCGUUUUCAAAACAAGAUGCUGCUGUCCUUUAUGCUGGUGUAGAAGGAGACAUAUGCGUUAGCCUGUAUUUUCCAUACAGAAAUAAAAAUUACAGCCAUAUGUGGGUACCAAGUGGAACUAUUUGUGGUGAUAAUAAGAUGGUGGAGAUCAAGCUAAUUGCAGUAGGCUGA